CGAAAAUUUUCUGAGACACAUCGCCUUCUUGUCUCACACACCGCCGACGCCUCUUCCACACCACACGUGUCAAGAUUGUCGCGCUGCACGGUUCGCCGAUUCGUCUAAUUUCUCGAUUCGUCGAUUCAAAAACUCCCGCCAAAACCAUGUUCAAGUACGUAGUAUUCGGUCUGCUGGUCGCCUCGGCGCUGGCCGUACCCGCACCCGAAACUCACCUGGACUGCAUGAACCACGAGGACAUGUUCAGCUGCUUCGCCGUAAAGGCGGCGAGUAGUCUGGACAGGGCUGCCCGGUCCGCUGAUCUCAAGAUCAUCGAGGGCAUCACCUUCGUCAGGGAUACACCCGUGGAACGCAGCGGAAAGUCACUGAAGCCCGAGACGGAGCUGAUGAAUGAAUUGCCCCGCGAAACCGCUGACAGGACUCUGCAACUCAUCAAUAUGGUAUUCGAAUCUGCAGUAUCUUUCCUGAAGAGCCAUAGCCUGAACAUCAACAUGCCAGAGGGUUCGGUAUCCCGCGCCAUGACUGAAGGUCGCGCCAAGAUCAAGAAGCUCCUCCUCCCAAUCCUCGCCGCCGCCGGCAUCAAGAUCUUCGCCCUCGUGCCGAUCCUCCUCGGAGGUCUCGCCCUCCUGGUGAUCAAGGCCCUGUUCGUCGGCAAGAUCGCUCUCCUCAUCGCCGGAAUCCUGGCCUUCCAGCGUCUCUUCAGCGGUGGCUCCGUUGGCUCGAUUGGCGGAACCGGUUUUAGCGGACUCGGCAGUAACAUCUUCGGCAAGAACCAGGCCUCCUGGUACGACAACAACCAGGGCUGGAACGGUGCCUCCACCAACCAGGCUCAGGGAUACUACAGGAGCUUCAGUGACAAGGCCGCCACCGACGCCCACAAUUUGGCUUACUCCGCGCAAGUGCCAAGUGCCAACGAGGCUCAUUAGAGUGUUUCUUUUGGUGCGAGGCUGUUUACCUUUUUUGUUGGAUUGAGAAGCGAUGGAGAUGAUCUUUUAUUUUAACCGGAUGGACUACCGAGGACUAUCGAUUGUUUCGAUGUUAGUUACCAGACGAUGCCAUAGACUUACUCUUAGACUACCAAAGCACUUACUCUGACUGACGGACAACUACAGUAUUUUACUUUAACGAAGACGGUGGACUGCCUUGUUGUUAGAUCUGCACUUUAUUUUACAGCGCAAUGACGACUUCGACGAUUGUGAAUUAAAAUACUGAUAGUGUGGCGUCAGACAUCGGCUUCGAUACAACUGUAAAAAGGUUUAGAGCGCUCGAGAGAGAAUUUCGUUUGUUUGGUUUCACUCAUGUAUGUAUGAUCUGAUUGUCUUUUACGCGAGUAAAGGAUUUUGGAUGUUUUCGCAUUUCACGCUAUUAGCGCGGGAUGACGAUAACUCGCCGUGACUGUUUUAGUUAUAGUAUUUAACUAUUUAUACUCAUGAUCUUUUGUAUAAUUUAUGUCAUUCAUCAGCUAAAUUAUUAUCAAUGUGGCAUUAUUAAUAAAAUAUUCAUAAAAUAA